UCGAGUGUACCUAGCUACAUAACGACAGACCGAGACUCUCGAAUGCCUCCAGCUCCAAAAAGCUUGAAUCUUCAAGCUGCAAGAUGGUCACGGCCUGAUAAGACUCCUAUGGUACAAAAGUUACAAAAAUCUACACAAGGGAACCCUACAAAAGACAAAGAUCAGCUUACAAGCGAUAAAUCAGAAAAGAAGGAGUUGCUUCAGCAACCUUACACAACGCAAUAUAAAACACACAGUGAAGUCAAAGAUCAGAAACAUUAUGAACAUCACGACCUUACGCGUUACUAUGAUGAGUUAUUAGAUAACACAGUUCUUGACAAGAUGGUUCUGGAUAACCUCAUUUCCAGAUGUAUUUUAAUGAUAGAGGACAGAGAAGAAAUUAUCAAACCAACAACACAACGUGAACGUAACAAGGUUCUACUAGAUAUCUUGACUGAACGACCAUAUCCUACCUUCCAUUUGUUCAAGGAUGUCUUACAGGAAUCUGAACCAUCCAAUAGUUGUGUUUAAGAGAUUGUCAGGAAAAUGAUGAGUACUGAAAAUAGGGACGAACACAUUACUUACCAAGGACAGGAGAUUCUUUUAAAUAAACACAAAGUUAAACUACAAAAGAAUUACAUGAUGUUUGUCCAUGGUGUUGACUCCAAAACAGACAUAGCUGACCACCUGUAUCAGUCUGAUGUUUUAAGUACUGAAGAAAAAGAGGAAAUUUGUAAUUCUUCACUCACUCAACAGGAAAGUAAUAGACUUUUAUACAACAAAUUGAUUCGCAAAGGUGGAGAUGCAUACACACACCUUCUUGAAGCUGUAAGACACGGAGAAUACCAGGAUGUUGCUUCAGAAAUGGAGAACACAGAAUUGUCAGAUCAAGAAAUACAAUUGUGUCAAAUAGGAAUGAAGAAACUCAAAGACAGACAUGAGAAAAAAGAUAUUCUGAUGGAUCACGAUGACGUUAUUCCUAAAAAUAUACUUGAGCAGUUCGAAAAACGCUUGGAACAGUGGAAAAAGGAUGAUCAACAGUUUGUUAGCACUGAAGCAGAGAAACAUGUAAUGCAAAAAGUUUUGACACAAAGUUCAGUUACCCUGGUUGGAAAUUCUGGCACUGGAAAAAGUUUUCUCUCAAAACACAUUGCCCUCAUAAUGAAGAAACAUGGCUAUACUGUAAUUCCAUGUAGUAAACCUAAAGAUAUUGGAAAAUGGUUUAAACAUGGGAGGAAAACAUUGUUUGUCUUUGAUGACGUCUGUGGCAGAUAUACUCUUAAUCAACAAAUUUACACUGACUGGAAACAAAGACUUGAUCACAUAAUAUCUCUUCUCGAAGACAAAUGUUGUAAAAUCAUAUCUACAUGUAGAUUGGAGGUUUACAAAGAUGAACUAUUUAGGAAUCUCUCUAUUUUCAAAAUGUGUAACAUCGAUUUAAGUUCACAAGAAUUUAAACUCAGUGCUGCUGAAAAAUGUGCUUUAGCAGAAGUUUACUUUCAGGAAAAUAUUGAUAAAGUAAAGGAAUUAUCAGAAAAAUAUGAUUUUUUCCCACUGUUAUGUAGCUUAUAUCAUAAACAGAACCUCCAGAAGAAUGUAAUCGUUACCUCUUUUUUUAGCAAUCCUUUUGAAGUUUUCAAAGAUCAACUUGUACAAAUGUAUGGAGAAAGUGAUGCUGGUAAGAUGCAGUAUUGUAGCUUAGUCCUUUGUGUAAUGUUUAACAACACAUUAACAGAAGAAAACUUGUCACCAAAAGAGAAGAAGAUAGGAGCAAUGAUAGAAGAUUUACUAGAAGAAUGUGAACUGAAUAAAGGAACAUCCAUCAAACGUUUAAGGAAAUCCCUGGAAACACUUGAAGGUACCUAUGUAUUCAAGGAAGAUAAUACAUACAAAAUAAUCCAUGAUAAGUUGUUUGAUUUCCUUGCCAAGUACUUCGGGGAGAAGAUGUUACAGAUUUUCAUUGAUCAUGCACAUACUGAUUUCAUUGAGGAGAGAUUUCUUCGGAAGAUAACAGAUAACAUGGGCACAGAAAUAGAGUUUGUAAUAAGAAUACCUGAUACCCAUAUAGAUAAAUAUAUAGACCGAUUGGUGAAAGACUGGGAGAACUGUUAUGUAAACAAUGUAUGUCAUAACAGAAACAUGAAUUCUACAACAUUUGCUGAAAUCUUGGUAACUCAUUUAAACGAACUUGAUCUAUCAAAACAGGAAGAACUUGUUUGUACUAAAGAUAUUGACGAUAAAGAUAUAGCACUUAGUGAAUGUUGUUAUAUGGGUACUAUUGACCUUGUCAAAUGGUUGAUAAGUAGGAAUAGUGACAUUAAUUAUUGUAGAGAGGAUGGUUGUUUCCCUUUAUUAUGGGCAAGUCAGGAAGGACAUGUUGAUGUUGUUAAAGAACUGUUACAACAUUUAGCUGAAAUCAAUAAAUGUAGCAAUAAUGGUACAUCACCUCUGUAUAUAGCAACAAGUCAGAAUGGACAUGUUAAUGUUGUUAAAGAACUGUUACAACAUUCAGCUGAUGUCAAUAAAUGUGACAAUAAUGAUGUAUCACCUCUGUAUAUAGCAAGUCAGGAAGGACAUGUUGAUGUUGUUAAAGAACUGUUACAACAUUUAGCUGAAAUCAAUAAAUGUAGCAAUGAUGAUACAUCACCUCUGUGUAUAGCAAGUCAGAAUGGACAUGUUAAUGUUGUUAAAGAACUGUUACAACAUUCAGCUGAUGUCAAUAAAUGUGACAAUAAAGAUGUAUCACCUCUGUAUAUAGCAAGUCAGGUAGGACAUGUUAAUGUUGUUAAAGAACUAUUACAACAUUCAGCUGAUGUCAAUAAGUGUACCAAUGAGGAUGUAUCACCUCUGUAUGCAGCAAGCAAUGGUGGUGUCCUUGCUUCAUCCAUGCAGAAAUAG